AUGCACGAGAAACCGUUCUGCUUCAGUAUUGGUCACCUUCUCCCCUACUCCAUGUCAGAUUCCAACACAACCGACAUCACCAAUUCCUCUACCUUCAUCCUGCUGGGCAUUCCUGGCCUGGAGAUGGCCCAUGUCUGGAUCUCCAUCCCCUUCUGCACCAUGUACGCCAUAGCCAUCUUGGGAAACUUCACUAUCCUGUUCAUCGUGAAGAGGGAGCCGAGUCUCCAUGGGCCCAUGUACUAUUUCCUCUGCAUGCUGGCCGUCACUGACCUGGUCCUGUGCACAUCCAUUAUGCCCAAAACGCUGAGCAUCUUCUGGUUCAGUUACAGGGAGAUCAGUUUCAGUGCUUGCCUCACCCAGAUGUACUUCCUUCACUGCUUCUCAGUGAUGGAGUCUGGGAUCUUUGUGGCCAUGGCUUUGGAUCGCUACGUGGCCAUCUGUGAUCCCUUGAGACAUUCCACUAUCCUGACAAACCCUGUGGUAGCCAAGAUCGGCCUGGCCGUGAUGCUGCGCGGUGGCAUCUUUGUACUGCCUUAUCUUCUCCUGGCAAGGUGGUGGCCAUAUUGCAGUAACAAAAUCAUCCCCCACACGCACUGUGAGCACAUGGCCGUGGUGAAGCUGGCCUGUGCAGACACCCGCCUCAGUAAUUACUACGGCCUCUUUGUGCUAUUCUCUGUGAUUGGUCUGGAUGUGUUUUUUAUCACCGUGUCCUAUACCCAGAUCCUCAGAGCAAUCUUCAGCCUCCCCACAAAGGACGCCCGGCUGAAGACUUUGGGGACCUGCAGCUCCCACCUCUGUGCCAUCUUAGCCUUUUACAUCUCAGCUCUCUUCUCCUCCCUCACGUACCGAUUUGGGCAUAAUGUGGACCAGCAUUUCCAUGUUCUUAUUGCCAACGUGUACCUCUUAGUGCCCCCCAUGCUAAACCCCAUCAUUUAUGGGGUUAGGACCAAACAGAUCUGGGACAGGCUGCUCCGGCUCUUUACUCAUAGAGGGACCUAA